AGUGGUUACUGGGUGUCUCUGGAUUGUCGCCUACAACGAGUCUGUGCGGGAGAGAGAGAGGACACAGUGCGUCCUGAGAUUUCAGUAGAAACAUGUGAAAACAAACGGCUGUAGUGGUGAGGAGGUCUUAUAAAAAAAGCAAAGGGAAGAAAAGAAAACCAGGACACCGUGGGGACUGUUGCACAAGAUGACCGGGUCUCUGUGAGGAUAUGGAAGGGACCACAGCGUCCGGUCCCGUCGCCUGUGUGAGCGCUGCGGUGGCUGCUGCCCUGAGCGCUGCUGUGUGGCCGACGGGGGAUUUGGCUGGGUUUGGAUAAUUCAGUAUGCCACCGGUCACCGACUGAAAACCAGUCUGAGUCGGGAGAUGUGGAAAGUAUGCUGAACUGUAUCAAAACUGAUUCAAACUUUUGCUUUUUAAAGCAGAAAUGGAUAUUUUCAAAAUAGCUUGGUGACCAGCUUCUAACUCUCUUGAUUUUCUAAAUAGAUUUUUUAAAUGUUUUAUUUUAAUGCGCUGGAGGAAUGUGGAGUGCGUUUAUGAACGGCUCGGGGCUGCACGGUGGGGGCGGUGCUGGAGGGGGCUAUGUCCCGUCUCAGGGAUGGGAGUUUGUGCCGUGCUCCAGGAUGGACAGGGCAGAUAGAGGCAGGGGCAAAAGCCGAAGCCCGCUGAGGAGGAUCUCCUCUCCGCCUACUGUCUUCAGUCAGCUCUACGAGCCCCAGUUCGGUGCUUCACCGGCGGGAGGAGGAGAGGGUGGAGCAGGGACGCAGCUUGAGGUUCUCAGGGGACAAAUGUGGCCGGGUCCAGAACCCCAGCAGCAGCAGCAGCAGCAGCAAACACAACACAUGCGACUUAAAAGGAAAUUUGAAGAUUUGAAAAAGCGACACGUACAGGACAAGGAAGGAUGGAUGCGCGAGAAAGAGUCACUGCUGAGACAAGUGGCUGACAUACAAGGAGGGGAGAACAGGAGGAUUCUGCUGGACCUGAAGACGGUUUUGGAGGAAGUGCAGGCGGAGGUGAAGAGAGAGGAGGAGAAGAGGAGCGAGCUCCAGCUGCAGUACACCAGAGACAGAUGUGCCUGGGAACUGGAGAAGGCAGAGCUCAAAUGCAGGAUUGCACAGUUGGAGGCUAGAGAGGGUGCUGGGUUGGUCCAGUCAGCAGCAGGUCCUGGCUCUGUGGCGUCACGGAGCACUCGAGAACAGCACAGCGAGACCUCAACGCUCCGCCAGGAGAGGGAAGAGCAGCGGAGGCUCCUGGCGGACACACACUCGACGGCCAUGGACCUGCGCUGUCGCCUGGAGCACAAUGAGAGGGACUGGUCAAGGGAGAAAGCUGAGCUGCUGGAGAGGUUCGACGUGGAGAGGAGGGAGUGGGAGAGCCAGCUGAAGGAUAUGCAGAAGAAAAUAGAAGAGCUGUACUGUGAAGUGAGGGCCAAGCGAGAAGGGACCGGGCCAGACAGUGGGAGGCAGGACAUCAGUGAUGUUGUACAUAGGCUCAGCAUACGCUCAAACAGCACUGGCUCCAGUUUGCUCAGUGAAAACUCCCGCUCCGAGCCGCUCAGCAGCAGCAGCCAGUCAGAACCAAUCAGGCAUUCACCUUUACCUGGUUUUGGGCGCAGCAGAAACAUCAGCGGCAGUGGUUGUGUUGGCACAGACUGUCACCACUCCCCCUGCUUCCAAGCAGACGGUCCCUGUGAAUUUAACGCUGGUGGUCGGUUCACUCAGAAUGACCAUUCACAGCCUGAGCUGGUGGAUGAAUUAAUAUCUAGAGGCACUUGGCAGCAAGACACAGUCAGUGACCGCAAGCAAGCUGCGGAUACAGCAGAGCUGGAUGCUUUUUUUCACGGAGCCUCUGGAACGCCACAGAAAAAUGUCUCUCAAGAUAACGAAAAAAAUGUCCACGCCAGUUCUCGAGAAAGUCCUCUUUGGUCAGAGAAGAGUUACAGCAGCGACAAGAAGAAGAACACCACUGCUCUGAAUGCUGCUCUGAAGGAGAUAGCCCGUGUAAGCGAGGAGCUUUGUAGCUACCAGGAUGAGAUCAGAAAGAAGAGCGGGGAUUGGAGGACUCGAUCUGAAUCCCUGUGCCUACCUGAGGAGAGUGAGAUACUGUUUAGCCAUGAUAAAAUCCGACCGGAGCUGCAUGAUUCUCCCUGUGAUCUGAGCCAGAUUUACGAUGACCUCCGGGCCUUGGAGAGGGAAAACUGGAUCACCUUGUCACCAGAUAACACCUGGCAGGCCAACAGAGAGCCGAGCACAUCCUGUAGCGCAAACACCACCGGACCAGACAGCUACAGAGAAACACAGACAACCCCUGGAGUACUCUCUGAGAAUGAUACAGCAGCUCCUCCCAUCCCUCCCCGCAUGUCCUCCUGGAAUCUGAGUGCCCCCACCUAUCCAGACACAGAACUCCACAUCCCAGAAUCCCCCAUGUCAACAGUGAGGAAGUGCCAUAGCCCCUGUGUUCUGGUAGACAGAAAGUGUAGCAGUCCAUCUAUUGUCAGGAAGUUCGGGGCCAUGCUACAAGAAAAUGAAGGAAAAGUUUUAAUAGAUGGUGUGGUUGCGUCGUGUGCUGUACCUGCUAACACUAAAUGUAAUAUUGGCUGCUGCCACAACCGCUGGUCCUGUGACGCAAGCAAGUUCACAAACAGCAAGUUGUCUACACACGAUACUGUCCAGAAAAGCUUCUCUGAAGUCAACAUAUUGACUGCUGGAAAAGACUUGCGCUCUGAUUACAGCCCUGCUGUUGGGAAUUUAAAAGAGCUACAAAUUCCUCCGAAUGUCAAAGAAUUACCUGUAGAUUUGCUCUUGUCCUCUCUUGAAAUAUCACCUCCCAGCCCCAAGCUCCAGGGCUCCAAAAGAAACAUAAUGCUGGAACAAAAAACAGCUGAGUUCAACAGAACUCUGUUUCAGGCUGAAAUGGGUCAUGGCGUAGAGGAACAAGACGCUUUUACAGAUGCCUGCUCUGUGGGUUGCCAACCAGUCUUUUCAGCAACUUGUGCAUCAGAUGAGGUUUUACCUCCCAGGGAGACAACAUUUCAACCGCAUUGUAGUGACGUCACCACUAGCAUCAUGGGUGUGCAUGCUGAAGUCGUACAAUCUCUCUCCACCAUGGAUUCCACAGUUCACAAGGUCCAACCAAGGCGAAUGAGAUGUGGUCCUGAAGGUCAAGAGGUCAGAAUUAACCUUUCCUCUGAACAGUCACUGGUUGGACUCAGGGAGGCAACCACAAUAACAUCCCAGAGUCCUGCACACCAUUCUGAGGUCAAGCACAAAGUUCGGACAGCAAUCAGUCCUUCCCGGAAAACACAACACAGAGCAGCCACAGAAGCUCUCUUUUUGGAGCCUAUCUGGCCUGAAAAUACCCUGCCGGGUCAGAAUGUGGACAGUUCCAGCCUCGAGAAUGAGAGUCUCAGUGGAGCAAAGCCUCAGCUAGCCAGAGUUGGUGUCUCACUCCAGCAGCCGUCUGCUGAGAACAAACAAAGACCAACAAGACAGGCGCAGCCAAAGCAUGUGGCUGUUCCUCCUUCCCAGUCUGACUCCUCCAGACCUGGGCCUCGAGUGAUGAAUGACCAUCCCUGGAAGCACCUCACACUGGCGGCGUACCCACGGCCUGAGGGAUCCAGGUCCAACUAUGGGGCAGUGGAAAGGAUUCUGAAGAAUUAUGAGAGCGCUGCCCGGGCUCAACAGCACCAGAGCCAAAGGGGCGAGAUGUCUUCCAGUCCUAACAUCAGUGUCAGGCAGGAGGAGACGGUCACAGAACUGGACAUGCUGGACAUGGACCCUCUGCCCUUACCUCCCACUCUGAGACACACACAGACUUCAUACACCCAACACGCACAGCUCAGCAGCAGCCACAGUGCCAUGGGUGUGAAAGAGAUACAUCUAACAGUGCAGGAGAACGAAGAGUCUUCUGUCUCCUCUUCCUCCAUCCAGAAGAAUUUCUCGAGGCCCACCCGCCCAGCCAACCGACGCCUCCCGUCCCGAUGGGCCAGCCGCUCCCCCACCUCCUCCUCCUCCGCCUCCUCCUCUCCCUCUACCACCCCUGUUGUGCCUCCAUCCCUCCCUCUACAGAAGCACACUUCCUCCUUUAGCUACUCACAAGCCUUUCACAUAGAGACUGUCAUCAUUUGAUCUCUCGCCUCACCACAACCUCCGAACACUACCUUUUCAUUACUAUUGUACAUACAUACCAAACACAGACUGCCUCUCCACUCCUACAGACUCAGAAGUGCUUUAGUUGUGAGUUCACCAACUCACCGUUAGAAUGUAUGUGGCAUCCAGAGGAGCCUAACUGACCAAGGAAGGCAAGAAAAGGAUCUGAAGCAGCUGCACUUAUUAAGCAGUAUGCUGAGAUGAACCUGCAAGGUGUCAUGCGUAGCCUCAGAGGACAGUGAAACCAUCACUUUCAAAGAAAAAAGUCCCAUCCAGUGCAUUAUUUAUUCAUGCCAGCCAUCUGAAUGGAUAUCUUAUGCUCAGGUCUGGAUCCUAGCCUUGACUAGAGUAGUUUUGCAGAUCUCCCAAGAACAGACCCUUCACUACUCAUUCUGUUCUAUGUACUCUAUUAAACACCUUUAAAAGUUAUGCUAGCUCAAAUGAUCUAAAAACUUCCAGCCAAAUGAAAUCCAGAAUGAUGUAUUUAAUAUGUACGGUAUUUUGUGUACAAGAAGUUUUGUGUGCUUUUUGCACAAAAUAUGACAUACAUACAUACACAAUAUGCAGCAUCAUGUUGGAUUGCGAGAUAAAGGCAGCAGAGUGGAGAUUUCCCCCUAGCGUCGCUCUCAGUGUGCUGAAUAAAUCUUGAAUAUUACCUACAGUAAAUGCCUGGACUGUACCUUGCCUGUGACUAAAACAUUUUUCUUUAUGACCGGCUUUACAUUUUUCAUGAUUACAGUAACACAAAAAUGUGAAUGUGAGUUCCUUUUUUAUAAAUUUGUACCAAAGGCUGGUUUUCUUUAUAUGCAUUUUUUUUAAAUGCAUUGUUUGUAAUUGCGUUUAUUUUUGCUGUCCACCAUUGCUGAUGUUUUCCACUCAAACCGAACGGUAAACAUCAUUCACAAGAGCCUGCUUUUGUGCAUAACAUAAAUAAUGAUGCUUAUGAAAAAAAAAAUGACAAGCCUUUUUUCUACCUUUACUAAUUCUGAAUGGUCACAUAUCAGGAUAUUACUCAGCUUUUUGGGUCAAAGUGGUGAAUCAUAUCAUGAUGAAAGUGAUGCCUUUGCUGUUCUUUUUGUGUAAUAAACAUAAGGACUAAAUGA